AUGCGUCCUAUACUAGGGACUGAAGAACUUAAUGCAUUAUCUUCAAAAAAGAAGUACGCUAUUUUUGAUAAGGAAGUCAGGAAAUGUGAGGAAGAUAUUUACAAUAGAGAAAAUGAAUUAAUAUAUAGCGAUAAUUGGAAAAUCAAUGGUUUUGACGAAUCAUUUAAUGCUUUAUGCUAUGUAUAUAAAAAAAAUAAGACAGAGAAUUUUAAUACAGCUGAUUGUGAUUAUCUGUACUUUUGGUUAGGCAAUGUAGUAUAUAAUAAUUUAAUAAAUAAAAAUACAUUUUACACUGUUUUAGAUCGAUUUAAAUUUUUUCUAAAGAGUUAUGAAGGUCGGAGGAGAUGUAAUUUUGAUAAAUAUAAUUUGACUGAUAAAGAGUUUAAAGAUGUUAUGACAUUAUUUGAUUAUUCAAAAGAUUAUUUUGACCUCCAACGAGAUUUAUAUAAAUAUAAAUGGUAUUGUAACAGCGAUUAUAAGGCUCUUAUAGAUAAAUAUGUGGAAGCAUAUAAAACAUUAAAGGAAACUUGCACAGGAAAUGGUACACUUCAUUCAUAUUGUAAGAAUUUUUAUAAUUUCUUUAAUAGCACACAAAAUUUUCUAAUAUCUACAUUAUCAUGUGCUGUAGUAGAAAAGGAUGAUGCUAUUGAACAACUAGAAGAACAACAGAGAAAAUGGAUUCAAGAAAAUAGUGAGAAAUACAAAUAUAUGAUAGCAAAUGGAGAAAUAUUUGAAUAUGCAAUUUCAGGUAGUUCUUCAGCUUCUUCACCUUCA